AUGAUAGUGGAAGAAAAUACAGUAAAGCGUGGGAAAGUAAAUUUUUCUGGGUUUCUAAAAGCUUCAGACGGCACUGAAAAUGCUUUCUGUAAGCUGUGUCAUGUUACAAUUAAGCCUAAAACCUCGAACUUGACGAAUCAUGAAAAGAGUACAAAGCACAUGCAACGUGUCAAGCUUUCAACAACAAUGAAACCUAUUCAGGUCGUACGUACCCCAAGAGCUUCUGAUGCAUUAAAGACAACCAAGAUCGAGUUAGUAGUCUCAAUUGCUUGUCAUUCUGCCUUUUUAACGAUCGAUCAUCUCGGAAAGGUUAUUUCCCGUAAUGCCACAGGGAGUAAACUUGAAGACUUGAAGCUACAUAGACGGAAGUGCACUAAAAUCCUGACGAAUGUUGUGGCCCCAGCGCUUAAGGAGGAGUUAAUUGCUGAUGUGAAAGGGAGGAAAUUUUCGCUUAUUGUGGAUGAAACUACGGACGUUUCCACUACCAAACAACUGUGUGUCUUAAUCCAAUAUUACAGACAAGCCAAAGAAACGAUCCUUACUGCGUUUGUUGAUCUGGUUUCUCUUGUGCAUGCUUGUGCAGACGAUAUUUUUAAUGCCAUCAAAGAAUGCAUCGCUGGAAUAGAUCUAAAACUGGAGGACUGUGUCGGAUAUGGUAGUGACGGUGCUUCAGUUAUGGUCUGUGAGCAUGAUUCAGUUUGGACGAGAAUAUUGGCUGUUGCUCCAAACUGCAUCAAAAUGACAUACAUUUGCCAUUCGUUGGCCUUGUGUGUACAGCAUGCUUUUGAGAAGCUUCCCUCGAGUCUUGGGUUCCUUCUGGCCGAGAUCCCCAAAUGGUUUUCGAAAAGCACCAUUCGCAGAGAGGCUUACAAGACACUUAUGAGUUGA